UCGCAAUUUCGGCGCGUCCACAAGCCAACCACAAGCCAAUCGCGAUUCCUAUCCUUGCAUCAAAACGGGAAGCCUCGGGUAGAUACUGAUUUAUCAGGAUCCCCGAGUCGCACUUUGGCGUCGCCAACCACGCAUCACUACUCGCUCGCCAUAAACGCCACCAUGAGCCUCGACAUCUCCGCCCUCCACAAAGACUUCACCUCUGCACCAUGGGUGAUGUCGAUUCUCACCGCGGCUACCACUGAGAUCGUCAGUUUUGCCUUCGUCGGCAGACCCAGAUCCAGGGAUGGCCAUGAAGACUCCCUUACCGCGGUAACCUUCAACACAGACGACACGUUCCGCGCCUACCUUCCCGUCGCGACACCGAGCGAGACAUGCACGUUUAUAUCCGUGGGGGAUGGACUGAAUGGGCACGAAGGCAUUCUACACGGAGGCGCGGUGUCAGCGAUCCUUGACAUCGGAUUAGGCGCGCCGGUAAACACGAUCGCUUUCACAGCGUUUCUAAAUGUUACAUUCAAGAAGCCGCUGCCAACGCCGAGGGUCGUGGUGUGUCGCGCGAGGAUUACGAAGAGCGAAGUGCGGAAGAAGUGGGUCGCUGGUACGCUCGAGGAUGGCGAAGGGACCGUAUAUGCGACGGGGGAGUGCCUGUAUGUUGAAGCGAAGCCGGCGAAGCUGUAAGAUGAGCCAGGGAGCGAGGGCUGGAGGUUAUCCAAAGGGACACAUUAGGACGCUGAGGUGAGCGCAGCGGCAAUGGAAACUAUGUAGAUUAGAUGGGUUUUGGUAUGAUGUCGAGAGAGAGAGAAAACAUCAAUUUAUACGCAUAAAUCAGCAC